ACUCCACUGAGAUCAGUUUCUAUCCUGCAAAUAUUGCUUUCAACUUAAUAAUCACUUCUUCAAAGUGUGAAGUCUUCCACAAGGUCAACUCUCUUGAAAGACAGAAGUGCAAGUUUUGAUGAGACAUAACCUGAAGACUUAACAUCUGUGUCCAGUUAAAAAGCAGAGUUUUCCUACAAAAAGGUGAUCCAAGUUGUGCUGAUUGGCCAUGUAUAAUGCUAUAUAUAUAUCUGAUGAUAAUUCUGAUGAUGAAAUCCCUACCCAGCAAGCUAUUCAGGAAAGCUUACAAGAUAUGCAUAAAAAUGAAACAAGUGCCAAUGCAACAGAGGAUGAAAGUUUCCAGUUUGUUGCCAGUAAAGAACGUGGAAUGAUAAUUGCAGCAAUUCGGACAGGCCAAGAAGAGGUCCUGAAGAAGCUGGUGAACCAUAGUUCUGCUUUUGAGGAGGCAGAUCAGCAAGGCUGGCUUCCUGUGCAUGAAGCUGCAUCACAGCUAAAUAUGAACAUCCUUGAAAUAACAUUCAAAGCCUCCCGUGCCGCUACAUGGGAACAGACCACACUAAAAGGGGAAACACCUCUCUUGGUGGCAGUAAGAAAUUGCUUUGUAGAAAAUGUCCGCUUUCUCCUGUUCAAUGGCUGCAAUCCCAAUGUUAAGAAUGAAGAGGGAGAUUCUCCUUUAGUUGUAGCAAUUAAAUACAAUUCAUAUGAGAUUGCCACCUUGUUGAUAAAUUCUGGCGCAAAAGUAAAUUUGCAGUGUGUCCACAAGAGGACUGCUUUGCAUGAAGCAGCCAGACUAGGCAGAAAGGAUCUGGUGAAGCUUCUGCUUCGUUCUGGAGCAGAUCCUGACCCUCGCAGUGGAUAUGGGCUCACACCUCUUGCACUGGCUGCACAAGCUGGACACACAGAAAUCAUGGAACUCUUAUUGCAAAAAGGUGCUGAUGUUCUUUCACAGGCAAUGGACUGUUCUUCUGUAUUAUUUGAAGCAGCAGGAGGAGGAAAUCCCGAUUCCCUGAGCCUUUUGCUAGAAUACGGGGCUGAUGCCAAUGUACCAAAGCACUCAGGUCAUUUGCCAAUCCACAGAGCCGCAUAUAGAGGACACUUUCUUGCCUUAAAGAAUUUAGUUCCAGUUACUAAUUUUGAUGCCAUUAAAGAAAGUGGAAUAAGUCCGAUUCACUCAGCAGCAGCAGGAGCUCAUCCUCAGUGCCUCGAGUUUCUUCUCAAAUCUGGGUUUGAUGCCAAUUUUAUGUUGGAUCAAAGAAUCCGCAAAGGCUACGAUGACCGCCGGAAAUCAGCGUUAUACUUUGCUGUUUCAAAUGGGGAUAUCUGUUCAGCACAGCUGCUGCUGAAUGCUGGAGCCUUGCCAAACCAAGAUCCCAUCAACUGUCUGCAAAUAGCCUUGAGAAUGGGCAACUAUGAGUUGAUGAACCUACUGCUUCGACAUGGGGCUAAUGUCAAUUACUUCUGCAGAGUGAAUACAACACAUUUCCCAUCAGCUCUACAGUAUGCUCUGAAAGAUGAAGUCAUGUUGAGAAUGCUGAUGAACUAUGGCUAUGAUGUGCACCGCUGCUUUGAUUGCCCUCGAGGAAACACUUCCCAUUCACAGUACGUGACUGAUGGAUGGACUUCUACUGUUAUCAAAGAUACAAUGUUCUGUGAAGUGAUAACCUUGUCAUGGCUGAAGCAUCUUAGUGGGAAAGUGGUGAGAAUAAUGUUAGAUUAUGUCGAUCAUGUUAACAUCUGCUGGAAGCUAGAAGCAGUUCUCAAAGAACAGGAACUAUGGGCAGACAUCAAAUCAAUUUUAACAAACCCUCGCUCUCUAAAGCACCUUUGUCGUCUGAAGAUACGGGAAUGCAUGGGUCGGUUGCGUCUCCGUUGUCCUGUCUUCAUGACCUUCCUUCCACUGCCAAACUGCCUGAAAGACUACAUACUAUACAAGGAGUAUGAUCUUUAUGGACAGAAAAACUUCCUAGGAUCCUCCAACCUCAACUGCACUUAAUUAUUAGCUCUAUAAUUUGGAGGGAAUGUUGAAGUGGGUAAGACUACCUUAUGCAUCUCUUUUUUCUUUGUGGAUUUUUAUCUCAUAUGUAUAUUAAGGAAUAUGAAGUUUCAGCAUUCCCUCCCUUACCCUUGAUGAAAAUGGGGACAACCUCAAACUGUAAGUAUUGGUGAUCCCAUUCUGUAUGAAUACAGUGAAGUACAAAAUAUCUGAAAGUUAUGGCUAUCCUGCUUUAAAUGCUUAGUGUGAAAAUUUAAACAACUCUUAAAAUCACAGGUAUGGCUGUAAACCUUUCAUUAUUGCUAGGCUAAAGGCUGUCAUAACAUGUAAUGCUACCUCCAACUGCAAGGUUAAACUCAGGGUUUGGUUGAAGGCCAUGAAGUUAACUAAAACCAGGAAGGGACAUAAUUGUUUUUAAAUCUUGUACCUUACUUUCUCUUGCCAUGAAGUAGAGGUUUUAUUUAUGAAGACCUACAGCAAAGUUCUAGAAAGCAGCAUAACUAGAUUCCGUUUUUUUCACCCAGUGACAUGAUCCCACUUCCUAAGCAUUAAGCUGGGAUUAACAGCUACAGAUGCCUGCUUAUUACAGUAGCUAGUGUGAAACACCAGUGUUUCAACAAGGCAACAGUACUUCUGAAACAGGUUAGUUCUGCAUCUCAGUCUCAGGUAUUGACAUGUCUCAUCCACUAUGUAUGAGACAUAGCUCUCAUACAGAACUAGCUUCCUUUCACAGUGCUGCCCCAAGACAUGCUUGCAUUUUUUUUGGAGUUGCUCUUGAAAUGGUUGCAGCUUAAUCUUAGGAAGCAUUUACCUGAGAGCAACCACCACUGUUGUCUAAGUCUUACAUGAUGCACACAGACCCACUCCACACUUAUUCUUUCUAAAAAUAGUACCGAUGCCAGUCUAUGUAUUAAAAAAAAAAAAAAAAUCAACACGUGGUAUUAAUAGUAUUUAUUUAUUCCUUCAUUAUCAGGUAAGCAUAGAUUUUCUCAUUAUACACGCAUCUGUAUUCACAUAAAGUUACAUAAUUCAAAAGUCUGAUUUUCUCCAGAAAAAUCUACAGAUCUUAUAAAAUACAAAUUUAACCAUAAUGUAGUUACGACCCCUUGCUUUUCGCAUGGUGUCUGUCAUGUAAUUAAGAAAACUAAUGAGGCCAGUGAAAAUAUGUAAGUACCCAUGUUAAUAGUUAUGCUGGUAUAGCUUCUGUACACAUGAAUUCUGAUCAUUACCAUAAUGACAGCUCUGUACAGAGUGCUACACAUUGUCAGGUAACUAGAGCAACGUGUGCACUAAAACAGCCAGCCAAGAGAGUAAGGAUUUUCUUCUAACGUUCAGUCUUUGUUGCAGAAGUUAUCAGUGUUCCCAAGUACAGCAACUUCCUCUGAGUAUAGCUGGCUAAUAUGAUUAAACUUAAGGGAAUUGAGAUAUGAUUUGACACCAGAGAGAUUCAACUGCACAUUAAAACUUCAUUUAGUGGGAAAGAAUGCAUCCUGUCACCAAUAAUGGUGCUUCCUCAUAGUCAGUAUUAUGAAAGAAGCAAGCUGCUUUCGC